CUGCUUCAGAGCUUUUAAUAGUUAAGUUUACACAUUGCAAGUAAUGUAAACGCAGUGAUACCCGCCAGCAUACUCGCAAAACAACGGAGGUAAAUUAACUAUGGUCUUAUUUGAGAGUUAAAGCACGAUUAUCGUUAAAAGGGGGCAGGGCAGAGGAUAACAUCACCGCCCACUUGCUAAUGAUAUCAUGCGGCCUCCACUGUUUUGAUUCACAGCUCCGACAGGAGGGGCAGAGAUGACGGAAGACUGGAAGUCCGGGUAACUUCAUCAAGCUACCCUACUACUGCGGUUAAAAUUUUGUUUUACGAAAUAAGAUAUUGGAGUUAUCGGGGAAACUGGCAGCUUUGUACGGUACUCGACUCCGCCCGGAGGACAUGGAGAUAUCGGCGGAGGGAGAGGCGGAGGAGUGCAGGAGGGAGCACUGGAAGCUACUGUCCAGCCUGAAGACCACAGUGGAGGGUCUUGUGUCCACCAACAACCCCAACGUGUGGUCACGUUACGGCGGCCUGCAGCGGCUCCACAAGGACAUGAACAACAUCCUGAGCCAUAGGCUGAAAAAUGAGCAGGUGUACUACAAACAGAGAGACUAUUGGCCGUUUGUGUGGUGUGUUCGCUACAUCAGCCCCCACCUCGCCUCACACGUUGAACAGUUCAGUCACCUGGAGCCGGUGCUGAGCAGCGCGAUGCAGAGUGCUGGUGAGAGCUACAAGGCUGAGCGUUGGCUUCUUCACAGCUUACAGGUUCACAUGCUUUCGGCUCAGCUCCGACCUCUGCUCCGACAUCUGGGGCAUACACGUAAAUACUAUAAUGACGAUGCCUUUCUGCUGAGCGAGCCUCAUGUGAUCGCCAUGUUCCAGUGUCUGGAAGCAGUAGAGCAGAAUAACCCCAAACUGCUGGCCCAAGUAGACACUGUCGGGCUGUCCCCUCUGAAGGGCCCACCAUGUCUGGGCCUAUUGAAGAGCCAGAGCCUGUGUGUGUUGCCAGGGGUUGGUGGUGCUUGGAGGAACGCUGACUCGGCUCCCAGAGGAGAAUCUCUAAAUCGCAGACUCACCACCUCUAACUGCUCCCUCCGAGAAGCAGUCACCACUAGCAACAACUCUGGGAACACUACGGGAGUCGAAUCCCAAAACAGCAAAAGCACAAGUGAGGAAAGGGCGGAGAGUGACAAGUACACUACCUCUCCAGCCAGCAGCCCUGGAGCUCCCUGGAUAUGUGUGUCCCAGCCGGGGGAAAGCGAGCGGGGUGUGACACCCAAUCCUGGCUCUGUCUCAGUCCAUUGCAUCUCCCUCACAGAGUCUCCCUUGUCCACCACCUUUCAGCCUGAGGCCGGGGACUCUGGUGAAGGCGAAUAUGACGAUGGUCCGGAGUACUUGGCUAUUGGUAAUCUAGGGCAGCGCAGCCGCUGUGACUCUCAAAGCUCCACCCACAGCAGUGAGCAGGGCGUCCCCCUGGAGCAGUCCAUGCACCAGAGUUCCAUAGCCCCGCCCCCACCCAGACGCUCAUCUUUCUCAGAGGGUCAGAGGGGGGCGGGGCGGGGGUCCCGAGCACACACCCGCUCGUUUUCUGACACAGGAGUCAAUCAGAAACUCAGGAACGGAGGGGGCCAUCGAAAAAUCACCAUAAUAAUAGAAGAUCCGGUAGCAGAAUCAGCAGUUGAUGAUUGCUGUGUAAAGAACUACAGCCCUUUCUCACCUCAGCGCAAGGAUGCCAGCACCCCUAGUUCCCUCUACAUGGAGUCUCACGGGUCCCAGUACAGCAGCAGCGUUACAGAUGGGAUGUUCAGGAAGCCGUCAGAGGGUCAGAGCCUCAUCAGCUACCUGUCGGAGCAGGACUUUGGCAGCUGUGCUGACCUUGAGAAGGAGAAUGCUCAUUUCAGCAUUUCAGAGUCCCUUAUCGCUGCCAUCGAGCUGAUGAAGUACAACCUGCGGCGUCAGGAGGAGGAGGGCGAGGAGGAGGGAGACAGCGACUGUGAGAUUCAGCAACUCAAACAGAAGAUCCGCCUGCGGAGGCAGCUGAUCCGACGCAGCCGCCUGCCGCCCUGCGCAACCUCCCAGCACCUUUUCCACUCCACUGACAGCGGAUGCUCCCGGAGGAGCUCUCAGGACUCCUGUGAGGGCCUGUCUGACUCCGGCUCAGCUGAGGAGGUGGAGGAGUGUGAACUACGAGAUGGCUGUGAGGGUCAGUCCCUGUUGGCGGUGUCUCAGAACGGCCUCUCCCUGUCACUCGCCUCCCUCUUCUCAGAUGCAGACAUCAAGCGCAGGGUAAGCUCCAGCAGCAGGUCUUUUCUCAGCUCAGAGUCCAUCUCUCCAUCCUUCCUCCAGUCUAACUCGGCUGAGUCAGUAGCCAUGGGUUUACUCAGGCAAUUUGAGGGCAUGCAGCUUCCUGCAGCCUCGGAGCUCGACUGGCUGGUCCCAGAACACGACGCUCCACAGAAGCUGCUGCCCAUCCCUGAUUCUCUGCCGAUCUCGCCUGAUGAUGGCGAACACGCAGACAUCUACAAGCUGAGGAUUCGGGUCCGAGGCAACCUGGAGUGGGCGCCGCCCCGACCGCAGAUCAUCUUCAACAUUCAUUCCACCCCCAAGAGGAAGAUAGUUGUGGCUAAACAGAACUACCGCUGCGCUGGCUGUGGCACCCGCAUCGACCCAGAUUAUAUCAAGCGACUGCGUUACUGUGAAUACCUCGGCCGUUACUUCUGCCAGUGUUGCCAUGAGAACGCGCAGGCGGUGGUUCCCGGACGAGUGCUGAGGAAGUGGGACUUUAGCAAGUACUAUGUCAGCAACUUUGCCCGGGACCUGCUGAGCAAGAUUACUGGUGACCCACUGUUCAACCCCAAUGACAUAAACAGUGGCCUGUACAAGAAGAUCAAAGCUCUGGAGGCUGUCAGGGUUUUGAGGGUGCAGCUGUUUCAUAUGAAAAAUCUCUUCAAGACCUGUCGCUUUGCUAAAGAGGUGUUGGACCAGUUCGACAGCCUGCCAGGUCACCUCACAGAGGACCUUCACCUCUUCUCCCUCAGUGACCUCACUGCUGUGCGCAACGGGGAACUGGCUCCCCGAAUGAAAGAGCUGCUUAAACUUGGUACCACGCACGUAGCUGGCUGUGUGCUUUGCCAGGCGAAGGGCUUCGUGUGCGAGUUUUGCGGCAACGACAAAGACAUCAUCUUCCCCUUCCAGCUGAACAAGUGCCAGCGCUGCGAAGAAUGUCAUGCCUGUUACCAUCGCAGCUGCUUCCGGACGGGUAAAGACUGUCCUCGAUGUCGGCGGCUGGCAGAGCGGAGAGAGAGGAUGGCGCGCAAAAACAUGGAGGAACAAGAAGACGAGGGAGGUGGGCCCUAGUGCUGCUCACAGAAGAAACUCUAAGACAAAAGAAGAGCACAAUGCAAUCCCGAUUGUAGUCACUGACCACCUCUUUCCGUUCCAGUCCUCUCAGACCUGGGUGACAAUACAGCGAACAAAUGUUUUGAUCUCUAGAGAUUGCCAGGUGUGCGAGUUUUUACUACAUCAGGGCAUCAGUUGUUUUUGGAAAAUCUGUUGAUUUAAAUGCAUUUAGUGUAAGCUAAGCCCCUUUCACACACGCACUUGGAGUCGAUUUUCCGUGAAAAUGUUGUGUGUAUGUGUUUCUAAUCAGGAUUUCCUUAAGGAAACAUGGUUUUAAAAAUAUUCCAACAUUUUUUUUCAUUACCUUGAGAUUUGUUCAUCCUCAAAAUUGAAUUCCUAAAUAAUUGUUUAAUGACAUUUCCUUGCACAUAAGAAACUUUGACUUUGGUGACUACUAGUGGUAGUAUCAAAAAAGACAUUGUGACAGGUGUGUGACAAAAGUGUGCGAAAAGGGCUUGAGAUUCAUUAAAUGUCUUGGCACUUUGUUCCUCUGUGGUAAAACUAAUAUAUUUGGGAUUUAGGUAGAUCAGGAAAACUAGUAUUUAAAACGACUAUUGUAACCAGGUUUGAUAUUUCUCCUUGCUACAAUUGCAGAUUCUGGCAACUGCUUCAACUCUGUUAAUUUUAUUGGCUACUGGCUUAGCUGAAGUUUGUUUUUGUGACCUAAAAUAGCAGGAUCUAUUUAAAAAAAAAAAAAUCAAAUGGCAAGUAAAAAGACUUUUUUUUUUUUUUUAUUUGAAAUUAUGGAAGAUACUUAACUAAUCCUUUCAUUUCCCCGCUCCUUACUGUCCUGUUUUUAAGAUUUUAGCCAUGCGUAUGUGCCUCUGGGACCAAUGAACUUAGACUGGUAGAGCUAGUGGAGUUACAUUGGAAAGUUGAGUUUAUAGAACUGGAGUUUCGUGUGUGUGUGUGUGUGUGUGUGUGUGUGUGUGUGUGUGUGUGUGUGUGUGUGUGUGUGUGUGUGUGUGUGUGUGUGUGUGUGUGUGUGUGUGUGUGUGUGUGUGUGUGUGUGUGUGUGUGUGUGUGUGUGUGUGUGUGUGUGUGUGUGUGUGUGUGUGUGUGUGUGUCCAUGCACAAAUGGUUUGCACCAGCCUAAUCAGCACUUGUUUUCUAACGUAAGUUUUGGAAUAAUAGAGAGUCGAGUUAAUUGCACUGUUCUGUCUGUUGUUGUUGUGGUGGUGUGUGUGGGGUUGGGACGUCACUCUUUGGGUAUUUUUCUGAUGUUCGUUGUAAGAACAUGAAUCUUCACUGUGAAAUGUUUCUUUUAUGAAGCUCCUGUCACCUGGGUUGCACUACAUGGUUUCAGUCCAAAAUAAAAGAAGCACAAUUUAAUGAGUAAUACUCUUAACAUGCAGCAAAAUAAUUCUCAAUGUGUUAAUCACUUCUUGUACUCAAAUUCUUCAUACUUAAAUGGGGUUUCUCCUCCAACAGAUCUUAGUUUACAGUGGUUCCCAACCUUAUUUGCACUUUAAAGAAUAUUAGGUUCUUGGAAAAUAUGUAGCUGGGCCCAGUAGCUGGUUAGCUUAUGUUAGCAUAUCACACAUCUAGCCUGGCUCUGUAAAAAAUCUGCAUAGCAGCUCUGCUAAAGCUCAGUAGUUGAACCAAAUUUAUUUAUUUGAAGGAUUUUUAGAGCCCCCCCAAAAUAAAAAGUAUUCAGUAUUUCACAGGAAUAAAACAGAAAUUGUGUGGAAGCCAGACAAAAAUGAGAAAACUUUACAUAACAAUUUUUUUCUAUCUUUCUUUCUGGCACUUUUAAUCAUUUGGUGACCCAUCAGGUUUGUCUUGGGACCCCUAAAGUCUGGAAACCACUUGUCUAGUAUACAUUUUAAAGACUUCACUUGUUACGGCUUUACUGGACUUUUUUGGACUGGAAUUUUUAUUUUUCUUGAGGCUGGGGGGGGGGUGUAUAAUCUAUGAAGUUAAUAUCAUAGUUAAUGAUAGGUAUAAAGUUGUGGGAAAAAUAUGCAACCCACUCAUUUUAUCAAAACGUUUACCCUGGAUUAGUACCCUGGAAGUACAAUUUUGUGUACCAAUCUAUUAAUGGAUUAGUCUCCAGAGUACUUAUCAACAUCAACAGGCUUUGCUUUAUGUGUAUGAUCCCUCACGAGGUAACCACUCUCCUGAGAUACUACUUAAAGCAAAUCAUGUGAUAUUCAUUCCCCUACGGCCUUACGGACGAGUAUUAAAGAGAUAAGCUGCCCCUGUGUCUUUAGUUUGAACCAGGCGGUUUUUAAAGAAAACACUGAACUCUUUAGCUCACUGCUCCUAAACGAAGUGACCGAUCAACCCCACUGAAAAGCCUCCUCAACUCAGCAGAUGGUUUGUCUUUGGACUGCCUUUAACAUAGAGGUGUGCGGAGGUUUAAAGUGCACUACAGAUUAAAGUGUCUAUUAUUAAAAAUUAUUGGUAUUAUAAUUAUUGUUUGUGUCAAUUUUUCUUUGUUCUGAAAGUAUGUUGACAAUAAAAUACUGGCCAGAC